AUGUCCCGACCACUACUUUAUUCAAGAGGUCUGUUGUAUAUCAGUGGAAUUGCUGCUUUCUCUGAACAUAUUUUCUCGAUGGCUCAGGUUGAUUUUCGCGCGUAUGAGGCCUAUUCAAUGCCAAAUCGUUAUGCAGCAUAUUCAUCAACAUUCUUUGCCACCCUUACCCUCAAAGCUGCAUCGGAACUUCUCUACCCAACCAUCGCUCCACCAGGUUCCAUCAUCAAGAGGGAUUUUGAGGAGAUGUUCAAUUAUGAAGUCCAUGCAUCAGCUCCUGCUACAAUCAUUCUGCCAACCGACACCAUCCCGCAUGUAGAUGAUGUCCUACCGAUAAUCCGCAUGCUUCCGAAUGAGUUUUUCAAAGGAAAGCGAUCCGUCACCCUUACACUUUCAGUUGGAGGUCAGGAGACUACAUCCGUUUAUCAUUUUUCAAAGCUCCAUCUGUUCAAGUUUAUCAACAACAAUUUUAAUCCAGUUCACUUUUCAAAGCAGAUUAUGGAGUUCUUCUCGAGCUCGUCAAUCCCCGAUGCAACGUUGGGCCGCCUUCUUGAUCAAUAUAUAUACACGCCAAUCCAAGGGUUCUACGUCACUGACUUCCCAUUAUGGAAGUUAGGCUACCUGUUAGAAGAGCGUUGGAUUGAAGAAGACAUCAUCAACGCCCUUUCUGAACUUGAGUACUUCAAAACUGCCAUGUUGUCAAAUUCUGACGACUCACCACCAUCCCAUCUAUACCUCCUGACAUCCUUCUUCUCAAAUGCUUCUGCGUCCUUCCAUGAAAGUCCCAGGGUUUUUACUCCAGAGUUGCUUGACUUGCGGGAGCGACUGCAGACCACUGAUAUAGUAACCUUUGGCUUCCUAGUUUGCAGUUCAGGUCAUUAUUCAGGUUAUCAUACGCGACCCUCUGAGCUCGCAAUUGAUCAUGGAGACAUGCUGGGAUAUCUUGCGACCUGUGAUGCUCUUGAAGUGGUUAACUGGGUAUUUUCUGACAUCUACACAUCUUGGCAAUAUAUUUCUGAGAUUGCGGUUCCUCAACAAACGUCCACUGGCAGCAGUUCGGGUAGUUGUGGAAUGGGGGCCCACAACUUUGUCAGUGUUCGUAGUGAUCCGUCUAUCCCAAUGUGGAAUGCUUCACAGUCAGGCCAAUUCCGACAAGCCGCCAUUGAGGAUUUGCUACGUUUUCAUGACAUUGCGACACAACGGAACAAUACUUUUGAGCAAUGGACAGUCAGGUGCAUUGCAACUGAGUCACAAAACGGGAUUAGUGGAUUCUACAGUUACCGUGAUUACAAUAUAUUUCGCCCAUUGCCUUCCCAUCCCAUUUUUGAGUUUAUGCAUACUAUCUUGAAGGCCCUACCAUUGAGAUUUGAGCUCUUCAAAUCUCCGCUCAUUGUGAAUGGCGUAGCUAGUCAAGUUCCCCUUCUGGGAAAGUUGUCUUCAGCUCCUCUUGGCAUGCAGACAAAGGGUUUGGAUCCACCACAUGAAAUCAUUUCUUCCAAGUCCAAACCCCCACGUCUUCGUUCAUCCUCACCUGAAGUUGAAGUUUUAUCUUCUCCACAACCUCCCCGCAAAAGACAUGCAGUCAAGGUUGAGCCUUCGCCAAAAAAAGAGAAACACUCACCAUCUGUCAAAAUCAUUUCGCCUCUUCCAAAGGGCAUUAAAAGAAAUCGCUCUGCCUCUGUUGUCAGUAUUUCACCUCCCUCUCGGCGUACUAAACAAAAAGUUCACAUCAAGGCCACCUGCUCUCCAUCCCUAUCCAUCAUUAGUCCCCCUCGCGCUAGUUAUAAAGUAGUAAAACCGAUGUCAUCACCUCUAUCCAAGUGUGGGUUCAUGCAGCAAUCCUCUGGAACUCGCGUACCCAUGGAAUGUGCUGCAGUGCCUGUACCAGGGGUUGUUUCAGAAGGAAGUUUUUAUAAAACAUUAGAAGAGGCACAGGCUGCAAUUUAUGCACAGGAAGAACAGAUCGGCCAAGUCUGGGUAAAAAAUCAAUCCAAAACAAAAGGUGGUCAGCUCAAAAAAAUGACCUUCCGCUGCAACCAACAUUCUCUCCCCAACCCCAAACACGAUGUUGGAGUUGAUCCCGCUGAGCAUCGCCAUGGAAAGUCGGGGAGAACUGGUUGCCAGGCCCAUGUAAAUGUCUGUCGGAAUGGAGCGGGUUGGCUUGUCACGACGGCUGACUGGAGGCAUAACCAUGAAAGGACAGUUCCCGAUGGUGGCUCAGUACGCAGACCUCCCACUCAGGAGCAAUGUUCAGUCAUUGCCAACCUGGCUACCAUGUCGCAAGGUAACUUCAUGCGAACACAGAUCGGCACCAUUGUCAAAAAUCAACCAUCUUUCCAAAAAGCGCUCGAGCCACAUCAAAUUUCAAACAUCAUGUGUCAAGCCCGUCGCGAUGCACGGAAUGAUAUUCAGGUGCUUGGGGGCGAUGUUAAUGUCAUUGCAGAGACUUUGCGAAGGCGAGAAGAGGAGGAAGGUUGGCGCUUCAAUUUGAAAGUUAACGAAGCAGGGACUGUUGUGAUUAUUUGGUGGCAGACUCGUCAACAAUUUGACCUUGUUCAGCGAUACCCUGACAUCCUCCUAAACGACAAUACCUACAAUCGAAAUAACUCCAAUUAUCCCUUAAACAUCAGCAUCAUAAUCGAUUCACAAGGGCGAUCACGCAAUGGAUGGUAUGCGCUGCAAGAACGUGAAGAUGCUGCUUCUUUCUCCUGGAUUCUCCGAAACCACCUCGACGCAACAGGUGGCAUUCCUCCUGAAGUUUUUACAAGUGACCGCCAUGCAUCUCUCAUCAAAAGUGUCAGUGAAACAUUACCUCUUACAUGGCAUAUAUUUUGCCUUCAACACCUUGGUGGAAAUAUUAGCGACCACGCUCGGAGAGUUCUCGGAUCUGACUUUACUAAUUUUACUCAAGAUUUCUGGGCUACCUACUGA